AUGAUAAAAGAUAAUAUCGGAAGUACUUUGAAAACAUUUAAAACCAGUGAUUGGAGACCUCAAGUAGAAUUAAUUAAAGAAACAAUCUUAGAAAAAAUUGGAAGUCUAGAUCCAGAAGAUAUAAAACCUAAAUUUGAAGAAAUAAAAGGAGCUAUUAUUGAAAAAAUAACAGCAAAUAUCGAAUCUGAGGUAAAACCAAAAUUAGACAAUAUAAAAUUAAAUGUGCUGGACACAUUGGAUGACAUUAAUAAUGGAGUUCUUCAGCCAAAAAUUAAUGAUAUAAAAGAUACCAUUAAUAGAAAUAUAGGAAACCUUGAAUAUGAAGUGAUACCAAAAAUUGGAAAAACUAUAAAGGAGUGCGUUACAGAUAAAAUAGGAGAUAUUUCAACUGGUAUUGGAAAAACGUCAGAAACAAUAAAAGACACAGUAAUUAGUAAUGUAAAAUCAGUGUGUGAUAAUGUUCCUGUUGCUAAAAAUAUAAAAGAAAUGGCUAAUAAAAUAAUCCCAGAUCCAAACUUAACCAUGGAACAAAAUUUAAUAAAUUCAGUGAGUAGAUCAACAUUAGGAUUUAACAUUUUCGGGGAUCUUAAAAAUCGUUUUAAAAAUUUAGGAAGCACAACUAAAGCAAUUGGAAGUUUAUGUGUAUCGUUUUUAUUAGCAAUCGGAGGAAUCAUUAGUUUACUCUGCUUUUUUCAUAUUAUGCUUCAUUUAAAUUAUUAA